AUGAUCUCAACAUCGGUAGACAUGCAAAUUGUAUCCAUAAAGAUUGUCGAAUGUUGUUUUAUUAUUGCAUUGUACGGACAUGCCAAGGGAUGCAUAGAACUGGAUAGCGACGGUCUCUACGCGUUCUUCCGUGAUGCCAAGGAGUGUAUCGGCGUGCGUUCGUAUCUCUUCAGCACGCUUGGAUUUACGGCAGUCACCUAUGCGACCGGAGCGUUGGGUCUUUGGGGUCCGAAGUUUAUUGUGGACGGUACGGCGCACACCCCGUCUCCUAUGAGUACGGCCGAGGCCAGUAUGAUGCUGGGCGGAGUGACCGCAGUGAACGGCGUGGUUGGUACCAUCUGCGGCGCUGUAUUGGGCGCGUGGCUUGCAAAGUACUCCGAGCGUGCUGAUCCUCUGGUCUGUGGUCUUGGUUUGGCUGUAGCUGGCCCGUUCUGUGCAUUAGCCUUACAGUUUUUCCAGCAUAAUGUCACAUUGGCCUGGGUGUUCAUAUUUAUAUCUGAAUUUGGUCUCUGUCUCAAUUGGGCGCUGAACGCCGCGAUUCUCUUAUCGGUUAUUGCACCAAAUCGGCGAUCCACAGCUGAGGCUAUCCAGAUUUUGCUAUCUCAUAUCUUUGGAGAUGCGCUAUCACCAUAUGCUGUGGGCAUAGCUACGGAUGCACUUGUCAAUAAGGGAAUAUCCAGGCCUGACGCAAUGCGGAUCUCACUCCAAAGUUGCAGCGCAGUCGCAAUUCUAGGUUCGCUGUGCUUCUUGCUCUGUGCAAUAUACUAUCCCAGGGAUAAAUCACGCGUGAAAAAGCAAGAGAGAGCUGAAUAAACCUGAGCGAGAAGCUCCAGGGGGUCGGGAGAUUGAAUAUUAUAAGAGAACAACCUUAAAUAAUUGAACAAUCACGACAACAUUGCGUAGCAUAGUACGGUGUACUAUCAUACUAGUGCCAAAUGUGGUCUGAUAUACCACUUUAAUCAGCCACCAGUUUAUGUCUAAUCACAAAUAAAUUUUUGGCCAGGCGCGCACCAGUGAUAGCGACUGUCUGUGUAGCUACUGUUAUUACAUAGAAGCGAAUCCCUUCGAGUUGACAACUACGCGACACGGCAAGUGGUACAUUCUGAAUGUCAGUAUUGAAUCGGACACGUUGGAUAACGUAUGACCAUGACCAACUUCAUUAAAAUAGAAAUGAGUGAGUAUAUACUCUCAUAAGUAUAUACAUUUUAUCAUUCCAAC